AGGCUUUGAAGGUCACAUACGUGAAUAUACUUUGACAGAUUCCGGAAACAAUUAACACGCAGGGAUUACUCGGCGAGUUUUUUUAUUUGAAGUUUUAACCUUUUCCUGACUAGUACGCUUCGCUCUACUCUCUGGCAACAGUGUCAGGUACAACUGCAAAAGUGAGAUAGCGCCACAUUUCUCCCGCAAUGGAAACGUUGUUCUUCUAGAAACAUUUCUGUAAAACCUACGGAGCCCUGAAAGGAGAGAAGCGGUCAACAAGACUUGAAGAUGAACAAUACAUCCGAACCUAACUCAAGCGCUACAGGAAGUUUCUCCUUGCCAACAAGUUUCGUCUAUCCAGUUGCGACGUGCCAUGUAUUAAUAGUGGCAGUAGCAAUCGUUGGAAAUCUCAUGGUCUGUUACGCAAUAGCUGCCCACAGAAACCUUCGCAAAAUUCCAACAAACCUCUUUAUUUUCUCGUUGGCGUGCUCAGAUCUUCUUACCGUGUCUCUUGCCGUGCCAUUUGACAUCGAGGGACUGUUUUUAGGAGGGGUUUGGAAACACGGAGAAAGAAUGUGCAAGGCCUGGAUCACGGUUUACCUCAUCACUGUACCUACCUCGAUUUUGACCCUUUUGGCCGUCAGCGUUGAUCGUUACAAGAGCCUUAGUGAUCCUCUGAAUCGCUUUCGUCGUUGCGGGUUCAUGACUCGAAGGAAAGCUGUGAUUAUCAGCCUCAUUAUCUGGUUAUACAGUUUGCUGUUCGCUUUACUUCCCAUCAUGGGCUGGCGUACACACGAGAAGUUCGUCUACAACAGCUUCUGCUAUUUUCCUUUCACUCCGAUUUACUUGACGCUAAGUUCUUUACUAAAUUUUAUUUUCCCGCUUCUAAUGGCCUGUGCAUUUCAUUUCAAGAUUUACCAUAUGGUGUGUAUACAACUUAGGGGCUUUCAAGGAAAUGAGCCAACCACAAAAGAAAGAAAAGUUUAUUUUAAAAACGUUCGAGGGGUAAAAACUACCACCAUGUUUGUAGCGGCUUUUUUCUGUUGCUGGUUACCAUACUCCUCGGUAAGCAUUGUCGCCGUUCUCUGCGAGUCGUGCGGGUCAAACAUCCCAGCCGAGGCCAGGGUAAUACUGCUCAUGUUUGGUUAUCUCAAUUCCGCGCUGAAUCCCUUUCUGUUUGCUUUCCGUAGCAAGCGCUUCAAAGCUGUGUAUCCGAAUAUGUUCAGUUCGCUCAGGCCUCAGGCUCGACCCGAUGGUACUCAGGCUGUACCCUGCGGGUAAAUUGAAACCCUCGGGACAAGAAAAAGCCGUUAAGUACCUCAGAAGACUUCCGUCUAUUAAAACAUGUCGACCGUUGUCUGGAAUGCAAGAGCCAGAAGCAUGUGAGGCAGAUGAGAUGUUUGUUAGCAGUAGUAGUGUUACGCAUCUGGGAACUCUCGUUGAAUAAUAACUUGAGUGUUGUUUUAGUAACAAACACAGCGUGAUCAAAUGCUCAUUAAUCUUGAUUCCUUCAUAAUUAGUUUCAGGAAUUUGCCAAAAAAGAUUAAUGACAGAAAGUGGGGAAAGAUAGAUUGUUUGAGCCUUGUUAUAAUUCUCACUGGUUACCAUUAAAGCCUUUAUUUUCACAAG